ACAAUGCUACCUCAUAAUUGCCCGAUGGCUACUCAUCUUGGCUGGCUGUUUUUAGGAAAGCUCUUCCGAAUAAUUUGCCUGUUAGCUUCUGCUAAGCUGGUGAUGCCAUCCAAUAUUACGGACUUGGAUCCUCGUUUUCCCACCGAUUGUUUCGAUCGCACAUCCUUUCCGCCGGAUUUCAUAUUUGGGGUAGCCUCAUCCGCUUACCAGUACGAGGGUCAUGCACUCGUAAGUCUCAGAGGUCCGAGUGAAUGGGACACCUUUGCUCAAGAUUUCCCAGAAAGGAUAGCUGAUGGCAGCAACGCAGACACCGCAAUUGAUUUCUACAAUCGCUACCAGAGUGAUCUUCAAAUAGUGAAGAACUUGAGCGUGGAUGCUUUCAGAUUGUCUAUCGACUGGUCCAGAGUGAUUCCCAGUGGGAAAAUAAGUAGAAAAGUGAACCAGCAUGGAAUUGAUUUCUACAACAAGGUCAUCAAUGAAAGCAUAGAAAACGGUUUUGAGCCUUUUAUAACUCUCUUUCAUUGGGAUAUUCCUCAAGGACUUGAAGACAAUUAUGGAGGGUUUCUAAGUGAUCAAAUUGUGAAUGAUUUUCGAGAUUUUGCUGAACUUUGCUUCCGGGAAUUUGGUGACCGAGUGAAGUACUGGAUUACUUUAAAUGAGCCACAAAAGUACUCCAGUGCUGGCUAUGAUUCAGGUGAGUUUGCACCGGGCCGAUGUUCCAAAUGGGUGAAUGAAAAGUACUGCAUGAAAGGAGACUCUUCCACUGAGCCUUACAAAGUUGCUCAUAAUCUCCUCCUUUCUCACGCAGCUGCAGUAAAGACAUACAAGGAAAAGUAUCAGGCAUCUCAAAAUGGGAAGAUUGGGAUAACACUCAAUACCCCUUGGUUCGAACCAUACUCUAACAGUACGGAUGAUUAUGAUGCUGCCAAAAGAUCUCUUGAUUUCACGCUUGGUUGGUUCUUGAAUCCUAUAACAUAUGGUGACUAUCCGCCCAGCAUGCGGGAAUUGGUUAAAGAAAGAUUACCACCAUUCUCGUCACCAGAUGAAGUGAAAGGAACAUAUGACUUUGUUGGAUUAAAUUAUUAUACUGCAUAUUAUGCAGCAAAUGCAAAUACUUCUGACCCGGAUCAUCUUAGAUAUCAAACAGAUUCUAAUGCCAACAUUACAGGAGAACGAGGAAGGAUCCCCAUCGGUCCAAGGGCUGGUGCAUCAUGGCAGUAUAUCUAUCCAGAGGGGAUAAAAUAUCUUUUGAAUUACACCAAAGACAAUUACCAAGAUCCAAUAAUUUACAUAACUGAGAAUGGGUACAGCCGCUUGCUUGAUGCUAAUGUAUCAGAUGCUAAAGCCUUGAAUGAUAGUCCAAGAAUAGAAUUCCAUUUUCACCAUCUUCGGAAUGUUAUAAAAUCUAUCGACGAUUAUGAAGUUCAAGUCAAAGGUUACUUUGCAUGGUCUUUCACCGACGACUUUGAAUUUACAGAUGGAUACACCAUAGGAUUUGGUUUGGUGCAUAUAAACCGUAAAUCUAAUUUAACAAGACAAAUGAAGCUCUCAGCAUCCUGGUUUUCAGAAUGCCUUUCGAAGCAAUGAGCUGCUCCAGCGGUAUAUUUCAAGCGAUUAAGACUAGCUUGAUGGAUGAGAAAGAGUCUGGCCAA